GACCUACCAAGCGAGGAACCCUCGAAGACUCCCGGUCCCCAUUGACUCAAGCAAACGGCCUAUCACUUCUCAUGCCUCCUGUCGCUGCAGAAGUCAUUAUCGGUCUCAGCCCCGGGCGGCGGCGGAUGCCGAAAUUUACCCCGUCCGGAAUCCCGAAUCGGUGCUUCCGAAUUAACGAGGAAGCAUGGGAAUCAUCGGUUGCCUGAACGUCAACUCCAUUCUCAGAAUAAGCAGGCCGCCGUAUGCUUCAUCACGGGGAGCUGCAUCACAUGAUGGCCGAUCUUACACCUGCAAGGCUAUGGCGGCCGUGGUAGGGAGUAGUACAUUCUUAGGUAGUAGUAGGGUAGCCCCCAUCUGUCUGAUACCGAUCGGUUUCGUAAACUGUAUGGAGGUAUGGAGGCGCCGACGGAGUAGUAUCCGUCGCACAACAUUCGCCAAUCAGGCUACCCGAGAAUUGACGCUACAUACCAUAUUCCGUACAGUAACAAUGGGCGCAUGUCCGCCGCUGUGGAAGCAAAUCAGGGGCCGGGAUUUUGAUGUUUGUUCUGCCAGACCUUCCUUCUUUCAUCUGAACUGGGAAAUGCCGGACUCGGCCCCGGUAGACAACCGGCGACAACCUGCAGCCUGCAGCCUCACCGCCGAUGUUGAUUCCGCAUUUGGCUGCGAGAUCACCCUUUGUCUGCCUUCUUCUCCUCGUGUGCUAUUCAAGAGAGAUGACGACAGGGGUUUCCCAACUCACUGCAGCCAACUCCCGAGCGCCAUUCUUGGCAGCUCAGGGGUGUAAGAGCCGGUGGCGGCGAGCGAGAGCGGUGGGAAUCCCUUGUUCCUGCGGCUAGCUUGCUCUCACCGUCUCUUUUCUGCCAGGCCCGAGAUGGAUGGAUCACGAGGGUUACGAAUUCUGCCACCGCUAGUCGAACGCCGCGAGCGUGCCUUUCUAGUUGGGCUGACGGAAUCACCCCCAAACCACGUUCAUGUGGUCAGAUUCCUGGCGGAUACCGAACCCGGAACUCUGGGACGUGGCGUGGCAAUGGGACCGCCGUGCCACUGAACACCACAAUCAGGCAGUCAUCAUUGACUACCUAUUCUUGUCCUCCUUGUUCCACUGUCUGCUAUGACUGGGUUUGGCGGCCAGGCGACAUAGACCACCAACAGUCCACAACCAACAUCAC